AUCCUUUCAGGAUUAUUCAAAAGAAAUAACAGAAAAAUAUUCAACAUGAAAAAGUCUUGUGAAGAAAAUGAAGGAAAAGCACAGAACAUGCCAAAGACCGAGGCAGACCGCCCUUCAGAAGAUGUACCACAGGAGGGAGAAGGAAAUCUUCAACCUUCUGAAGAAGGUGUAAGCCAAGAAGCAGGAGGAAAUCUUAGAGGAGGGCUGACCCAGCUUGGCCUGGGGUUUAAAGAGGACUUUCCUGUGGGGCAUUUGGAUCCUGAAGAAAUGAUAAGAAGAGUAGAUGAGUUGGAAAGGCUUAGGGAAGAGAUAAGAAGAGUAAGAAACGAGUUUAUGAUGAUGCAUUGGAAGCAAAGACAUUCACGUAGCCAUCCUUAA